AUGCUGCACUUGGGGGCCCCCCGCAGCUGCAGCGGGGCUUUUGGACCCUCGGGGGGGCCCCCCAGGGGCCCCCGGAGGGCCCCUGGGGGCCCCUGUAGGGGCCCCCCCUUGGGGGCCCCCUGGGGCCUACUAAGGCGGCUCGCAAACCUCCCGCAAAACCCUUUCAACAAGCUGCUGCUGCUGCUGCUGCUGCUGCUGCUGCUGCCCGCGCCGCUGCAGCAGGAGCCGAGGGGGGCCCCCCUGGGCAGUGCUGUACCCUCAGGGGCCCCGGGGGCCGGGGGGGCCCCCUGCUGCUUCUGGGGGCCCCUAAGUGCUGCUGCUGAAGAGUCUAAUGGGGAGGAGUUGUUUGUGUUUGACGACCCCCCGGACUUUGUGCUGCAGCAGCAGCAGCAGCAGCGGCAGCAGCAGCAGCGCCAGCUCCACGCGCAGCACCAGCUGCUGCUGCAGCAGCAGCAGCACCCGUGGCAGCAGCAGCAGCAGCAGAAGUUCGGCCUCUCGCCCCGUCCCCUUCCCUCUAUAGAAAUAGACACAAAUGAGGGGGCGCUGGAGACUUUUCACAGCAGCAGCAGCAGCAUGGGGGAGAUGACUUCGGAGCAUGUUGCUGCUCGUGUUGCAGCAGUUGCUGCAGCAACAAGAGCCACAGGAGAGCAGAUCCGCCUGGGAGAUGCUGCAGGUCUUGCUGCUGCUCCGGUGCUGCUGCCGCUGCCUCGGGGGGCCCCCCCCGAGCUGGCCCAGGGCGCGGGGGCCCCUGCUGCAGCGGGGGGGGGCCCCCCGGGGGCCCCCGACCCAGAAGGGCACAGCCAGGGGGCCCCCGAGAGGCUCUUUCUUUUGCCUCCUCUCCCAGUUUCUCGUUUAGUGGGGGCCCCCGGGCUGCAGCAAAGCAUGCAGGAGGCCUUUGACUCGCUGAGUAUGUAUGCUGCUGCAGCAGCAGCUUCUUUCCUCCCGGGGGCCCUUCAGGGGGGCCCCCCCGAGGGCCUCCAGGGGGGCCCCCACGGGGGCCCCGAGAGGGCCCCCCCGAAGCACCCCGCGGUGCGGCCUGUGUACGUGGAAGCCAGGGCCUCGGAGGCGGGCAAAGCGAGCAGCAGCAGCAGCAGCAGCAGCAGCAGCAGCGGCGGUGGGGGCAGCCCGCCGGCGCCCGCGCAGCCGGCGCAGCAGCAGCAGCAGCAGCAGCAGCAGCAGCAGCAGCAGCAGCAAGGAGUGCCCCUUGUGAUGGAUGCUUGGCAAAGAGUUGGGGCCCGUUUUCUUUCUGUUCUUCCGGUGGUUUCUGUCGAUGGCUUUUUGGUUUCUUCUUCGGGUUUGCGGCUUCCCACGCUCCGGCCUGGCAGCCUGGACUCCCGCCGCCUCCCCUUCGCGACUCCCUUUCCGGGAAUGGCUCACUUGUUAUUUUUAGUUUCUCUGGGCCCCCACAUCACUUCGACAGAGGGCAUACCCGAGCCCCGCAUGCCAUCUUGGGGGCCCCCGGGGGCCCCCGGGGGGCCCCCGGGGGCCCCCGGGGGGGCCCCCGGGGGCCCCCCCGGGGCCCCCCAGGGGGCCCCCGGGGCCCCCUGGGGGGAGUCCGCGUCGUGGGCCUCGCGCGUGCAGAGCGAGCGGGUGGCGGCGCUGCAGCACGCGGCGCUGCUGAGCGCAGCAGCAGAAGAGGGGCAAAGUUUGUGGCCGAUGAGUCCUUUGCUGCUGUCUUCGAGACCUUCUUCUUUGGUGAUGCUGCGGUCUGUGUUUCGUUCUCGGGCCUUUGAUGCGCAGCUCGAAGAGCUGCUGGUCACCGCCACCAAGCAGGUGCUGGCUAUGCACUGUAUCCGCUCUCACCGCCAAGACUGCUGGGCUGUGGGCCGCCGCUGGGCCUUUGGCCGUCGCAAUUCGCUGCCUUUUCUGUCUACGUUUUCUGCGGACUCCAGGGCUGGCGAGAAGGCUGCAUGCGUGUAUGCAGAGCUGCUGAUUCGCAUGCACCACGACAGCGGGCGAACUUCUUCAGUUUCUGGCCGCCUUAGGGAGGCUUUGUCUCCGGCAUAUUUCUUUUCAGUGUUGGGUUCUCCGAGGCCGUGGGGUGAGGAGGCCGCGGGGGGCCCCCCGCUGGCUGCGGGGGCCCCCGCGCAGGGCCUGGGGGGCCCCCUGGGGCCCCACAGGGGCCCCCUGGGGCCCCAGGGGGCCCCCGCGCUCGGGGAAGAGGCCCCCGGGGACAGCGACGCAGCUGCAACAAACUCCUCCAGAUCCUGGAGCCACAGAGUCCUCAGCUCCGGCAGGGGGGCCCCCAGUGGGUCCCCCUCGGGGGCCUCCGCGAGCGAGCGGCUGCUGGGUAUUGCGCACCGGCUGACGGGGCGUUUGACGGUGCGGAGGCCCCUGCACUGGGCCCCCAGGAAGCUGCAGCAGCAGCAGCAGCAGCAGCAGCAGCACCGCGUCUCCAGCAACGUCGAAGUCGCCUACAACUUCUACGCCGAUCCCGCUCCCAUAGACCCUUUGGUCCUCUUCGGGGACGACUCCACUGGAACACUGCACCUGAACUUGGGACUUUCGAUGCUGGCUCCCCACAAGACGUCUGCGGUGUACGUACACGUGACGGGGGACAUGGGCGCUCCCGAGAACUACGCGGAAAGCGUGGAGUAUUACUUGGAUGCGUUUUCUUUGACUCGCUUUAGCGCGGACUCCGGCGUGGAAGUGCCAGUGUACACUUUGGAGUUCGACAUAGGAGUGGAAGGUGACCACGAAAGUGUGUUGGCGCUGGUGGCCUCUUUGACAACUGCUGCUUCUCGGGUGUCUUCGUCGCAGCUGCAAGCAGCAGCAGAAGAGAGCAGCGACAGCAGCAAAGGGGAAGCCCGGAGGGUCCGCUGGGUUUCCCUGGGGGCCUUCAAACCCCUGCAUGCAGUGGGCAAAGCCCUCAGCCGCUUCGUGCUGGCCCACGUGCUGCAGUACAGGGCCUGCAAGCAGCAGCAGCAGCAGCGGGAGGAGGCGGGGGCGGACAGCGACAAGGCCAGGUCCCCGCGGCUGGCUGCGCAGCUGCAGCAGCAGCCCAGGACUGCGCUGCGGCUGCAGCAGCUGCAGCAGCAGCUUGCUGCAGUGGGACUCAGCGGCUGCCACUUGCCUCUCCUCAUCCUCAAACCCCGAUAUGUGGUGCAGCGCCACCGCAGACAAGACAGCAGCAAAAGCAAAAACAAGCAGCAAACUGGCAGCCAAGCCCGCAGCAGCCAGGAACUCAAAGUCCAGAUACUUCCACUGCUGCCUCAGACAGAAACAAUGGAAAAAAACAAAAAACAAAAGUACACGGGACCCACAGCCAGGCCCUUGCAGUAUGACUCAGCUCAAUUGCAAAUUUUGAAGCUUCCCAUGUCUCAGGGCUUCCCCGUUAUUCUUUUCAGGACUCCGGUGCAUGCAUUGACACAGUCGUGGCUCGUUGGGAUUGUCGACAGGCCGGACGUCUUCCGUGGAGCGACCAAAGCCGUGCAGGAAGUCCGGUCCUUCUUGCCAGUGGCUCAUCCUUCUCGAUCUGUGUUGUACAAAGACAUGCAUGAAGACUUUUUGCACAUGUUGUCUCUGACAGCAAGCCCCGACGAGUUGCUGCCUCCCCCCGUGUACAGCGCUGCGCUGCUGCUGCACCUGCUGCGGCUGCGGGAAGCCCCCGCGAGUUCCCCCGGAGCAGCAGCAGCACGAACUCCGGACUUCGACGCAGCAGAGUGCCAGCGCCGGCUGCUGCCGGUCCAGCUGGACUUGGGAGCAGCUAAAAUGGAGGCUGCUGCAGUGCCUUGCCCGGGGGGCAUGCCGGACUGUCUUCCGUUUUCCGAGCUGCAGCAGCUGCAGCGGCUGCAGCGGGAGCAGCCCCCGCAGGCCCCCGAGCGGGGCCAGCGCGGCCACGACCCCCACCAGCGGCUGUCCAAGCCCUACGGGGAGGCGCAGCAGCAGCAGCAGCAGCAGCAGCAGCGGCGGCGCGCGGAGGGCCCCCGCCGGCUGCCCCUGGGGGCCACAGAGCCGCCGUGGGGCACUGUGAGGAGCCUCGUGGGGCCCCUGCUGCAGCCAGUUUCUCCAGAUGUGCUGGGGAGAAUUGAACAAGCAGCAACGGACUUGAGUUAUUUCUUUUGUUCGCGUCUGCCUUUUGUGCAGUUCAUGGACGUGGCCAGCGCCCCAGAGCUGGCGGAGUUCACUGUGGGGCUCAGCAGCAAACUGCAUGUCUUGCGGCGGGAGGUCUUGGCCGCCGUGAUGAGUGCAGAAGAGAAGCGGGGGGGCCCCCCUUGGCGGGGGUGGGGGGCCCCCAACUUGAAGGGGGCCCUCGACUGGCGCCGCCCGGAAAAGCGGCGGAGGACUGCGGGCCCCCUGGACGGCCCUUCGUGGCUGGGGGAGGGCAGCGACAGCAGAGCAGCAGCAGCAGCAGCAACAGCAGACACGAGCUUCCGCAUGGACCCCCGCGAGGGGGGCCCCCUGAGCGAGUCCAGCGAAGCAAGGAAGUUCGAAGGCACCAAGGGAAUGGGGGAAGCUACAGGCAGCCAAGACGUGCGCUCAGGGGCCCGGUGGGGCCCCCGAGAGACCAGCAGGGGCCCCGCAGCUUACGCGCCAUUUUGGCAAAGACAGGGGCGGCUGGGGAGCAGCAGCUUUGCGGGGCGAAGGGCCCGGGGCCGCAGCAGCGGGAAGCGCGGGGAGGGGCCCCUGGGGUCUCGGGGGGCCCUCGAGGUGGUGGACGUGCAGCUGCAGAUGCAGCGGCAGCUGCUCGAGAUAUCUGCGGGCCUCGCAGCAGACCUGCUGGACUCGGAGUACAAGGGGCCCCCCGAGUCUUCUGCUGAGGAGCUGCUGCAGCUGCUGCCGGAGCUGCAGCGGCAGGCCGACUUGGAGAAAGAGUGGCCGCAAAACUUCCUCGACAACGCCAAAAGGACUUAUGAAGAAGACUCGCGGUUUGCCUACUACGCGAGACAGACGGAGCGCCGCCAGGCCUUGACAGAAGUUGUUCGCUUCAAAGCCAAGGAAACUGCAGACUUCGCUUUGUCGCUCAUGGACGCAGCAGAGUGGCUGCACUCCCUCAAGGAGGAGGGGAGGACUCCUCGCUCGGUCUUCCCCACGGUUUACCCGGGGGCUGCGGGGCCCCUGCAUGCAACAGCAGCAGCUUCUGCUGCAGCCACUGCAGCAGCGGUGGCUGCUGCAGCAGCAGGCGCUGCAGCGCACGGCAGGGCCGAGGCGCUGCUGCACUACUACACCCCGCCGGACUCCGACGCAGAGCCCGUGCGCCUGCGAAAUGCUGCUGUGGGGGCCCCCGAAGUUGAAGAAACUUUGCGGGAUGCAGAAAUGUGUGUGCCGCAGAAGUUUCUCGAGCAUUUCGGCUACCGCUUUUCCUCUUCAAGUCCUCCCGCUGCUGCUGCUUCCUCGGGCAAGGCGGGGCUGCCUGCCCGCGAGGCGCGCAGCAGCGACGGCAGCGUUGCCAGCAGCAGCAGCAGCAGCAGCCGCAGCAGCCGCAGCAGCCGCAGCAGCAGCAAGAAAAGCAGCAGCAGGAGCAGCCGGGACGCCGGAGCCAGCGCCCACAGGAAGCCAGCGGGAAGCUCCGGAAAACAGGCACAGGCCAGCGAACAGACGAAGGGGGCCACUUUGUGGUGGGAAGAAGAAGCUGCGCUGCUGAUGAACUCCUCGGGAAACUCAUUAGCAGCCACUUUGACUCUGGCCCCACACCUGCACCUGGCGCUGCAGACGGGGCGGGACUGGGACUGCCUGGGAGUGGACUCCGUGGCUGGCAACGCGCUGUGGCUGUACGUCAUGGGCCGCAUCUGCGCGAACUCUUUUGUUUGUGAAGGCUUCAGGACUCUCCUUUUCGGGGAAACCCUUUUGCUGCAGGACCUCCUCAAAGUCGCCAAACGCAACGCCUCAGGCACUGGCAAAGCCCUUUGUCUGAGUCGAAUUGACCUCUUACUCGAGGGCAGACACCAGGGAUUCGCGAGAAGUGAGCCGCACACCUAA